CAAAAUGGCGGGCGAUUGGGAGUGAACAUUUGAUAAUUUUAGUGAUAUCUUUUAUUUUUAACCGUUUUAUUUUGCUUUUGGCAAUAGAAAUGUAAUGCCAAGAAGCCUUAAACAUCUCAAGCUAAUACUUUAGACGAGAUUUAUAUGUUAAACGGAUUUUAAUGUGUUUUGGCGUGGAAAUUAAGUUUGGAAACUAAUUGUCAUAAUUUUUGUAAGUCAUUUUAAACCUGUACAUUGCAAUUAGAGAAAGCAUGAAUGUCUCAGAUGAAGUCUCGCCUUUGGAUAUUUCAGCAUGUAUUGCAGAAAAAGCUGAGGAGACCUUAGCCCCUUUGAAGGAAGAUUUAGUGGAUUGGUUAAACAAAUUAUUUGACGUUGACAUUACAGUUGAAAAUUUUAUGGAGUUUCUUGAUAAUGGCGUGCUUGUAUCGAAAGUUGCAGAAUUGGUUCAUCGUGCCGCGGAAGAGUAUUACCAAGCUGGGAAAACCAAGAACUCUGUGCCGAGGUACGAGUUUCGCUACCACAAGAAAGCGAAGUCUGGCACAUUUUUUGCAAGGGAUAACGUGGCAUUCUUUUUGGACUGGUGCAGAUGUUUUGGAGUCAGUGAGUCAGUCCUGUUCGAAUCAGAUGGCUUGGUUAUGCAUAAACAGCCUCGUGAAGUGAUCCUGUGUCUGCUAGAGGUUGCAAGGCUUGCAGCUGAUUACGGCAUUGAGCCUCCCGGUAUUGUUACUUUGGAGAAGGAAAUUGAUGCUGAGAUUGCUAACGAGGAGAAGGAAGGAGGGCCGGAAGUGAAGGAAGAGGUGGUUGAAGUGAAACCUGCAAAGGAAGAGAAAGCGUUGGUCAAACAAAGUAAUAAUAAUGUUGAGAAACAACUGUCACUUGACAAAGAGGUGGGUAUAAUUAUAUUGAGUUUUUAUCAAAAAGUUAGAUCCAUCCAAGCAAGAUCCAUGUUGUGGUUUUGGGAUACUUAAAAAUUCUUUUACUUGAAGACCUUAUUCCAAGCUUUAGAUUUAAGUAUGCCUGCCUGUCCUGUUAUGGUCAGCAUUAGCGGUACAAUAUGAACCUUGGCAUCUUAAGGAAAUGAACAAAAUAAAUGCCUGCCACUGUAUUUGCUAACUGCAGCUCAUUGUCACUGAGAGGCAAGCCAUUUCUUUUUUUAAGAAGCACACAAAUGUUUUCCAGGAUUUAGUUUGGUAGGCAUUGGAUUUUGCAUCCAAUCUCUAAGGUAGUCUAAAGGCCUAGCUGUUAAGUAAUACUCGAGAAUGCCACUAAGUUUCUCUUUUAUUAGGUGUUACAACUAGCUAAAGCCCAUGGAGUGAAAAUGCAAAAAGUCAAGGAGGGUCGGUAUAUUGUUGAAGGAAAAAUUACUAUAUUUGUCAGAGUGAGUAAAAACUACUAUGUUUGGCUGCCUAGCUUUUCCCGAUAAAAUUAUAUUAUGGUAAAUUUCUAUUAGGGUAAAAAUAAUAGCACAAUAUUUUGUAAAUAUUGGAAUUAUCACAUUGAAACAUAAACACCCAUUCCAGUAAGUCGAUACAUUUAUUAAUUUGGGUCAUUCCAGAAAACAUCAAUACAUCCCCCAUGGAGGAAGUUGGAAGAUACACCCCAACCCCUUUGGAUGUCCUAAUACACUUACUAUUAUCAGAAAUGUUUCUCCCAUCCCCGUCUGGAUGGCAGAAAUUUCCUCCUUAAAGGCAGGGGUGGAUCUUUUCCAGAAUGACCCAUUUCCAAAUCAGAUGGAAACCAACCAGAUAAAUUUCCAACCAGUCUUAGGGGUCAUCUGUAAUUAUCAACAUUUUCACAAGUAUACAAAUAUAUAUUUUCAUAAGUAUACAAUGUUUUCAACAUUUAAAAGUAUGCUCUGGGAGGGGUCAGAAAAAAGACUACUCUCUGCACGUGCUUGUGAAAAUGUUGAUAUUUAUGAAUGACCUUCAACAGAAGCUGACCCAAAAAAUGUUGUUAUAGAUUCUCCGCCACCAUGUGAUGGUUCGAGUGGGUGGAGGUUGGGACACUUUGGAUAACUUUUUAAGUAGACAUGAUGCUAACAAGAUUGGAAGAAUUUUAACUGGUGAGUUAUAUUCAAGUUCUCCAUAUCAUCAGGUCAUGAUCCAGUGAUAAGAAUGUUUCAUUGUUUUUUCAUUGUUUUCAAAAUUCCCACCGUUCUCCAUAUCGUUCAGUCAUGAUCCAAUGGUUGGAAUGUUCCAUUGUCUUUUCAUUGUUUUGAGAAUCCCACUGUUCUCCAUAUCAUCCAGUCAUGAUCCAGUGAUCAGAAUGUUUCAUUUUGUCUUUUCAUUGUUUUGAAAAUCCCACUGUUCUCCAUACCUCCCGGUUGUUCAUUGUUACUUUACAAGUACUUAUCAUUGAUGUUAUGCAAUGUCCUUAUUGGGUUCAAAAAAUUACAUUAAAAUAUUCUAUUUUUUGUUUUAGCGAAGUCUGCAUCUUGAGAGUGAAUUCAGAAGAACUUAGUUUGAUCAAUAUUGGUUCAUGUGCAUAAGAUUUUGUAGAUUUUUGUGUGUUAGAAGGUUUUGAGUAAAAAGUUGUAGCUAUCGUGGAGAAGUCUUGCAAAACUUUUAAACUUUUUAUUGUUUAUAAACAUAGUUAUUUAUAAUUGUAUAACACUGUAGUUUUAAUAUUUUAAUAUGUAUAUCAAUUUCUAACUUAUUAUUGUAAAGCAGCAUUUAUAAUUGUAAAAAAUUAGACUAAUAGUAAUAUAUUUAAUAAUUUAAUUUUUAGUGAUUUGUAUGUUUGUAAUAAACACUUGUUUUACAUUGUGUAUGAAGAGUUGAUCUCAUAAUUGAACUAGCUAAUAAACCACACCUUUUCUUAACACAUAUUCAUACUAUCUGGCAAAGUGCCAUGAUUUUAUCUAAUAUAGACUGAAAUUCCACCCUUUUGCUGACUGUAAAUUAGUUGACAAAUUGUUCUAUGGCUUUUUGCUACUAAACCUAUUCGCAUUAGGUGGGUUUUACUAGAAGGAACUGCGCAUCAUCUAGUCACUAAAUUGUUCACUAUUAAUAUAAACUGCUCGGUCAAUACAUUUGAAAUUGUCACCAUACAGUGAUACAGUAUGGGGCACCUAGUAUACGAAAAUAAUUUGGCACCAGACCCCCAUGCCUGCCUAGCUGACUAUAUAUUUAUCUUUAUAUUGACUUCUCCUAAUUCUCCCCAAACCGUUUUAUUACGAUGAAAAUUGAUAUUUCUUUGUCUCGUGUCUCAGAGGCUCACGUAAUAUUUCGUAAUUCACUGUCGAACGGCUUUUCAAGAUACGACGCGUGACAAAUACGAUUGCCGCUG